UGUGCUAAAGAGAAAUAUAUUCGCCGAGAAGCGUCUGUAGAGUUGGUAACAACAAUUCCAUUUGACGUUUCUCUGUUUCUUGACUUCAGUUGAACAAAAAGUGGAAGAAAUUUCUGAGAAAUCUUGCAAAUAUAAUGGAUGACGAUGUUCAAGCUAUAGACACACCACUUUCUCACAUUAACGGAGGAAGCAUUUCAUUUGUUGUUCCGGAUCCAGAUUCAAAUUCUUCUGGAGGUGUGCUGAUGCAGAAUCAAGUGCCGCAAUCCAAAUACGCCCAACUUCUUGCUGUGAUUGAGGAUAUGGGCAAAGAUAUCCGUCCUACUUAUGCUGGCAGUAAGAGCAGUGCAGAACGAUUGAAAAGGGGAAUCGUCCAUGCUCGCAUUUUAGUGCGAGAGUGCUUAUUGGAAACGGAGAGGAGUGCCCGGCAAUAA